AAAUGUUUUGAGUCACACGCAGUUUCUUUGUUUUAGUUUGAAAAUGUAAACCGGAACACGUUUGCCACAUUAUUACACUCACACAGUGGGAAGGUGGUCCUGGUAGAAAAAAACAUCGGCCAGAAAAGCAACUUUGAACAUGUUUUUGAACAGUGUCUAACGCUUUAAAGCGUCUGAAAACUAAACUAGAAACCACGGAAUUUACAUGAAAUAUACGCUAACCUAGACUGACUUGUUUGCUCCUCGGGAAUAAAGUUGGGAAAGUACGAGGUGAAAAUGGAGAGCCCAGCUGAGUGAGAGUGGGGUGAGGAGGCAGGAUUUGGCAAAGCUGGGAAGUCCUGCCCUGCUGCUAGCGAGCGAGUUAGCAUGAUUACACACUUCGCUGUGUCGGACAAGUCAAAAGAGCCUCUCUCUGCCCGCAGUUCACCAGGGGAGCUGCCUUAUCUGUGGCAAGACCACUGCUGACAUUGCAGAUUCUCCCCAAAGGAUCGAAGCUCGGUUGAUCUCAUUUUCUGUGGAACUUUGUAAAUCCUGACGAUAACUUUCAAUUUUUUCCCGAAGGCAACCUUGCUUAAACUUGGUUUCAUGAAGAUGGAUGCCCAAGGCACGACACCCCUUCUCUUCUAGUCAUCAAUUAUUUUUGUAUCUUGAGCAUCCAUACCUAUUCAGCUCAUGCAAUAUUUUCCACAAUAUUCAACAUUUUACACCACCUAACAAGGGGACCUGCUAGCUUCCUCCAGGGGCUGGACAUAAAUUGCUGACUGGUGGCAUAGAUCUGGCCUAAUGGCACAAACCUGUAAAUGAAAAACGACUGAUGCGCUGGAGGACUUGAGACUUAGGUUUUUGCCAAAAUACAUUCCUGACCUCUGUCUCAUCAAACAACUGGAUGUUUUGAUUAUAUUCAUAAACCGUGACUGCUGAUGCCAGCUUUGUGGAUGGUGAAUGGGCGUAAUCCACUUUAUUCAUGAACGUCCUGUCUGAGUCUGGGUUGAGCCUGGAUGUUGGAUGUCCUGAGAGUGUUGUAUCAGCUGAUGCGGUGAUGAGGCAGGGCUCCUGUUGGCCUGUGUGGCUGGCUGGGCAGAGGCCCGAGGUGAUGUGAUGGGGUGCCGGAACAGCAAGGUCCUCCCUGAGCCUCCAGGGGAUGUUCAUUUUGACCCUGUCAAAAAAGCUGAUCCUCUCCAACCCCCUCAGACAGAUAUCUAUAAGCACUUCAUACGAGGGGAUGGCACUGGAAGCAAGAUGGGCGGAGCAGGUGGAGGAGGAGGUGACAAGGCGGAUUCCACCUUUCCGUAUCAAGCCUCGGCACAGGCGUCCUCUCCCACUGCUCCUGCUCAGGCCCCAAAGGCCCCCUUGGAACUUUCAGACCCUCAGCGCAAGAAAGUGGCGAAGUAUCGAGCCAAAUUUGACCCACGGGUCACGGCCAAGUACGACAUCAAAGCUCUGAUAGGUCGUGGAAGUUUUAGCCGGGUGGUUCGCGUGGAACACAAGAUCACGCGGCAGCCCUACGCCAUCAAGAUGAUUGAAACCCGUUACCGGGAGGGGAGGGAAGUGUGUGAGUCAGAGCUGUGUGUUCUCAGACGGGUUCGUCACACCAACAUCAUCCAACUGAUGGAGGUCUUUGAGACGGCGGAGCGCGUCUACAUGGUGAUGGAGCUCGCUACUGGAGGGGAGCUCUUUGACCGGAUCAUCGCUCACGGCUCUUUCACGGAGCGGGAUGCUACGCGAGUGCUGCAGAUGGUGCUGGAUGGCGUCAAGUAUCUCCACACGUUGGGGAUCACUCACCGAGACCUGAAGCCAGAGAACCUGCUGUACUACCACCCGGGAGCCGAUUCCAAGAUCAUUAUCACUGACUUUGGUUUGGCCAGCAGCCGGAAAAAGGGGGACGAGUGUCUGAUGAAGACCACCUGUGGCACGCCAGAGUACAUCGCCCCUGAGAUUCUAGUGAGGAAGCCCUACACAAAUGCAGUAGACAUGUGGGCACUGGGGGUGAUAUCAUACAUCCUGCUGUGUGGAACCAUGCCGUUUGAAGAUGACAACCGCAUGAGGCUCUACCGGCAGAUCCUUAAAGGGAAAUACAGCUUUUCUGGAGAGCCAUGGCCCAGCGUGUCCAACCUGGCUAAAGACUUUGUGGAACGAAUCCUAACGGUGGACCCCAGCGAGCGGCUCACGGCCGGCCAGGCCCUCAAGCAUCCCUGGAUCGUCAGCAUGGCCGCCUCCUCUUCCAUGAAGAACCUACAGCGCUGUAUAUCGCAAAACCUCCUGAAGCGAGCGUCCUCACGCUGCCACAGCACUAAGUCGGCUCAGUCCACACGCUCCAGCCGCUCCACCAAGUCCAACAAAGCCCGACGGGUGAGGGAGAAGGAGCUGCGCGAGCUGAACCGCCGCUAUCAGCAGCAGUACAAUGGCUAAAGCUGGCGAAUGUGAUGGGAAGUGAUUGUAGUGGACUUUUAAUUUGAGGGAAACAACAACAACCCAAGCGAUUUCCACAUUCUGAGUUACUGCCAGUUUACUGUAAAAGCCAAAGUGACUUAAAAUCCCAAAUUGCUGCCUUAAGAAAAAAUAAUGGCUACAACCAAAGAAGCACUGCUGUCGAUACAGAACAAGCUAAUGACUUAUAAACUCUAAAUAUGAGGAAAUAAGUGACUUCUUUGACAGCAUAUCUGUUGAUGAGAACCCAGAAGGACACGCCGAUAAAACUUUGUACUGCAGCGUUUACAUCAUCUCCCCAUUCAGUAUUUCGCCUUUUCCUUGGCAGAAAGGUGCAUUCCACUCCUUUCCUUUUGCCUUUCAGCCCCUGUGCCUCCGCAAAUUUAUUUAUUAUUGUUGACAUGACUAUUAGUCUGCAUUCACAUGGUCACUGGAUAUUGACCUUCCACAAGGAUCUGUUGAGCAGAGUUCUGGGUUACUGACAUUUCUAUGAAGGGGACAGUUUUGGUGAAGUGGGGAAAGUAAAUUCCCCUCACUCAACUUGCUGUGAAUUUAUUAUUGUAUUCAUUGUUUGGGCAAUGGAAACACUCACAUGAUAACCACGCUCUUGAAGGCCGCAGUGAAGGGGCGUGUUUUUUAUUCGUUGUUGAUAGAAUAUUGCCAUUAUUGCUCUGGUAAUAGCUUUGUUCAAAUGUGUUUUUACAUCCUUUGUUCUCAAAAGAUUGUGAAACCGUUUUCUCUCACUGUUUAUUGUUGCGUUGGACAACACACAGCUUCACUCCCAUUAUUUGAGACUCUGCAAUGUGCCAGUAUAUUGUAGAGCAGUGUUCAAUCAGUUCUCUAGUUGUCAAACAGCCACCUGCUGUUUAGUGGUCUUAAAAUCUUCUUGUUGGUUACAGUAAGAACAGGUUCUAAUGGUAAUAAAUACGAGAUCUUCAUUACAGAGCGCUGCUGCUACUCUAUUGGUUGCACCAGGUCUUUGUGAGUUCAAACAAGUAAUAUGAGCAUGUAGAUGAAAUGAUUUGCAACAUGCAAACUAAUUCAUAUAGUACAUAGAGAUUAGUUGAAAGUAUUAAUACCUAAUUCUCCAACAGCUGUAACCAAUUGAGAUUGAGAACUAAUUUUGCUAAUAGAUUAGAUUGUAAGAAAACAGAAAAAAACUGUAAUAUUCUACCAAAACAAUAAUCAUUAACAUUCACACACCAACUACCGGGUGGCACCUUUGCUUAAACAAACCUAAUUUAACUGAUUGUUUGAUGUAACAAUGAAAUUGACAGUUUAGUGUAAUCUGACUGGGCAGAACAGAACAGAACUGGAUAAAAUGAUGUUUGAUAGUUCAAUGAAAUGACAUUAUGCAAAUUUAAGUUUGCAAAAAUAUAAUACAUCAAAAAGUAAAAUAUUAAAGGUGGCUAGAUAGUUUCUUAUCCAUCAUACAGUUUGAAACCUGAUACUAUAAUAAGUAACAAUAGUGAAACUGCAUUUUACCUAAAUUUUACAAAGCUUUGCUUCCCAAUUAGCACUUGUGAUGCUAGUGGCAUUCCUGCCACUGAUUUAUAAAAAUUGUCCUCUUCUAUGAAUUUGAAAUGUUCAGUAUCAGUACUAUUGAGCAAUUAAGGAUUUUAGAGCUGGUGUAGCCCAGUCUUGAAGACCUGCUAUAUUAUCUAGGUAGCCUACGUUCCCACAUGUGUUAGUCAUUGACAAGUUGUCAGGUUAAUAAUAAAACUGCAGUUUAGUGAAUCUCUCAAGCUUCUCAAAUAUUGAGGGGUAAUUAGUUGAAAGGUGGGACAAACCCCCUCUAUCCCAAACACCGUUAGGUUUAUCUUCCUGAUAGAUGUUGAGCCUGAUCGGUCUCCAUAAGACUUAAAUGAAGGAAAGCAUUUAAGCAAAUGUAUGAGAUAAUUCAAAUACUUGUUAAUCUAUAUGGUUCUCAAAGAUGUUUCUUAGAAACAAGCACAUGCAGCUAGAGUGUUUUUUUUUAUAUGGAAUGUUGUCUUUUUUUUUUUUACUUAAGUGCACUUAAUUCGUAAUAAAUUUCAAAGUCUUGCUAAAAGAAGUAGGUUUUCUAAUUCUGUUUAUCAAAUCCCAGUCAUUUUUUUAUUCCCAACUGUAACCAGUGCAAUACCUAUCAUGUGAAUAAUGAGCAUCUUGAUAAGGUAUUGUGACUCCUUAUCGAUCUGACAAAGCACUUCAUGUAUAAAGUUAUUAGUAUUUAGUUUAUCAGACGUGUUCACUUAAAUGUGUGGAGUUCAUUCAGAAGACUUCCACAGUAAAUUAGAUGAUACAGUGUGGACUUUUUCUCAUUAUGUGGAUUUUGCUGUGAUCUGCCCCAGGCUCAUUAAGUGUGCUUUUGUGAAUUUUUGAACACAUACUGGAAACUUAACCGAGCCAUGUCAGCUGACCUCAGUUUUUCUUUUCUAUGUAUCUUGUGGCCUCCUACGACUUUUUCUAUUUUCAGUGAUGUAAGUAAUGUUGUACUUUUUGAAUUUUACUGCGUUUCUUUUAUUCCACUGCUGUUAUCUGUUCUGAUAUCUCACUUCUUGGUGGGAGUAAAUUGUGUAUAUUUUAAAGACUAUAAUUGAGGCUUAUUUUAGAACUGGUAUCAGUACAUGUAAAUCCUCACGCUGUAAAAUUCACACUCAAUGUCUUUUUAAAUUUCAAAUGCACACUAGGUCUGUAAUGAUUUGUUAAGAUAUUUUGUAUAACACACUUUAAAUGUUAUACUUUAUAUUUCAUAAAUAGAAAAAAUUAGUUCUAAUAGUACUGUUUUUUCUAGAGCUCAAUUUCUUUCUGAUGGCAAUGUUUUAAAGCUGUAAUAUCAGAUUUAAGAAUUGCAGGCGCAAAGUAACCAUUUGGACAUUUGGACAGUUGUGAAUGGUUGAAUUUGUCGACAGCAUUGUUGCCUCAGUGUUGAGACUAUUUUAUACUGCUCUCAAGAGAAACCAAAUCAUUUUAUUAGGGCGUUUUCAGAAUGUCAGCACAUUUUCCUUUUUUUGUUUUUGUGAUUUUUUUUUAUAUAAAUGCUGUCCUUAAUGAAGUAGCCAACUUAACACUGUUAGCAGUGUUGAACAGUUGUUGAAUUUUUUUUUUACUGUUUGAUAAAAUAAAUCACACUUUAAAUUACUUUACCAAUAAUUUUUUUGUUUUAUUUUUUCAAAGAUGUAUGUGCCAAUAAAACAUUCAACCCUGA